UCUAUAAAAUUGUUUAACGAACACGACCGCUAUUAACGGCGUCGUUCAUCCAACGUCUAUAUAUAUUUCUCACCUUCAUUUGAACUCAAACAGACUCCCCAAACAAGAGGAAGCUGAAGCAGUUGAAACUCAAAAUUCCAAUUUCUUAUUGUCAUCUGCUGCCGCCGGCGAAAACCGAACAAAAGUAGUUUCAAACACUUACCUCUUUACGAACUCAAAUAAUGCCGAGAAAAGGAAUGAGGAGCCUUUGCUUCAGCACCAGAACGCCGUCGUUUUCUAACUCUGGGCAAACCAUGUCACCCUCAAGAUCCUCGCAAUCCAGUAUUCCUCGCCGUAGAUUUUUAGAAUCCAUGAUCGAGCAAACCAUUGAUGCGGCGGCUACUAUCAUCAUGAAGUGGGAUGCUGAAACGUCUGCUUACGCUAGAGUGACCUCUCUUUUCUACCAAAGCAAAAGAGAAGCCAUGCUGUUUAUAAGAUCCGUUAACGAGCUUCAAAAACUCAUGCAUUUGUUAGUUACUGAAGAUUCCGGUUCGGAAAAGCUCAUUCAAGCUCAACAUUUGAUGCAAAUAGCAAUGAAGAGGCUUCAAAAAGAGUUCUACCAGAUUUUAUCAAUGAACCGGGCUCAUUUGGAUCCGGAAUCGGUUUCCACCCGAUCAUCACGGACCUCCGCGAGAUCAAGCAUGUCCGAUUUCGAAGAUGACGGUUCACCGGACGAUGGGAUUACUACCGCAGGGGAUUCCAUCUCUGAAGUGGAAGAAGUUUCUUCUAUGGCCAUGUCCGAUCUGAAAUUGAUAGCGGAUUGCAUGAUUGCUUCCGGGUACGCUAAAGAAUGCAUACAAAUUUAUAAAAUUAUUCGAAAAUCGAUUAUAGAUGAAGGUAUUUAUAAGCUUGGAAUCGAAAAAACAAGCUCGUCCCAGGUUAAUAAAAUGGACUGGGAUGUACUGGAUUUGAAAAUCAGGAACUGGUUAGAAGCCCUGAAAGUUUCUAUGAGGAUGCUUUUCAAUGGAGAAAGAAUCCUCUGCGAUCACGUCUUUGCUUCGUCGGAUUCCAUCAGAGAGUCUUGCUUUACCGAGAUUUCAAAAGAAGGUGCCUCGCUUCUGUUUGGAUUCCCCGAACUCGUCGCCAAGUCCAAAAAAUCGCCACCGGAGAAAAUGUUCCGUGUUCUCGAUAUGUACACCGCUAUUUCAGAGAACUGGCGAGAGAUUCAAACGAUCUUUUCUUUUGAAUCAACUUUAACCGUCCGAUUACAAGCUCUUAACUCGCUGAUUCGACUCAGCGAGUCAGUGCGGUCUUUGUUGACGGAUUUUGAGUCCACAAUCCAAAAGGACUCGUCCAAAGCGAUGAUUCCAGGCGGCGGUGUGCAUCCUCUAACGAUCUACUCGAUGAAUUACCUCACUCUCAUGGCUGAUUACAGCAACAUCCUCACUGACAUUGUCUCGGACUGGCCACCGCCUGCGAAAUCAUCGUUGGAGGGAUCUGACUUCAACAGUCCGGAUUCCGACGAAUCUCCGUCGCCGGCCAUCUCCGUCCGCAUUGCAUGGCUAAUCCUCGUCCUUCUCUGCAAACUCGACGGCAAAGCAAAGCAUUACAAAGAUGUCUCAUUAUCAUACCUAUUCUUAGCCAACAAUCUCCACCAAGUAAUCUCCAGAGUCCGUACAUCGAAUCUCCAGUGUUUACUCGGUGAGGAAUGGACCGCCAAACAUGAAGUUAAGGUGAAGCAGUUCGCAGCGAAUUACGAGCGGUUAGCGUGGGGCCACGUAUUCGCUGCAUUACCGGAGAACCCGACGGCUUCGAUGACACCGGGGGAAAUUAAAGAAAAUUUCAGGAAAUUUAAUUCAAGCUUUGAAGAUGCGUACUGGAAGCAGAGCUCUUGCGUCGUACCCGACCCAAAGUUACGAGACAAGAUUAAAGAUUCGAUCGGGAGAAAACUUGACGCCGUAUAUCGGGAGUUUUACGAUACGCAUAAAUCAACAGUUGGAGAUGAAAGGGGCGUGAUUGUCAGAUUUUCCCCAGAAGAUGUAGGGAAAUACUUGUCGGAUUUGUUCUUUGGGACAGUUAGUUCCGGGACUUCAUCAACGUCUUCUUCCACGUCAUCUCACCAUAGAUGGCACAUAAGGUCACCGUUACGAGCGUAGAUUUUUGUUUUUUUAAAUGUAUGAAAAAAUUUGUGGAUCUUUUGUAAUUAUAAAAAAUCGACGACCUUUUUGUGGUAGUCAUAACGAUCUUUUAAGUUUUAACGGCUUCUUUAUGUGUUAUUUACAUGAUAGCCGUUCCUCAUCUGUUUAUUUACAACUGAGCAUAUAAUUUCGUUUGUGUCAAAAUCUUUUAUCAAAACUGCCAAUAGUCGAAUGAACUACUAAUAAAACGCUAGCUGAACCGCUGGACUUUGGAUGAAAUUUUAGAGUAAGACAAAAAAAAAAAAUUACAUCAAAGGUGAAAGUAUGAAAUUUCCGCUGAGUAGAAAUUGCCGGUCAAAUAAAAACUGCCUCUGAUACAGUGAAAAACAGAAAAGAAGAUUCGAAUGAGCUGAUUUCAAAAUUGUCAGUGUGCAUAAUUUUUAAAAUUUUUCAAAA